GAUGCCGACUCCUCCGAGCGGGUCCUCAUGGACAUGCGCUGGGGCCUGAUACCCUCCUGGUUCAAAAAGGACGACCCCUCCAAAAUGCAGUUUAAUACCUCCAACUGCCGUAGCGAUACCAUGCUGAAGAAGUCCUCCUACAAGGGUGCUCUCCUCAAGGGCAAGCGCUGCGUGGUCCUGGCAGAUGGCUUCUACGAGUGGCAGCAGCAAAGCGGGGGGAAGCAAAUUUACUUCCCCCAGACCAAGGAUGCCACGCCUGAGGAGAAGGAGGGAGACGAGGAAUGGAGAGGCUGGAGGCUGCUCACCAUGGCUGGGAUUUUUGACUGCUGGGAGCCACCGGCGGGAGGCGAAAUGCUGUACACUUACACCAUCAUCACCGUGGAUGCCUCCAAGGACGUGAGCUUCAUCCAUCACAGGAUGCCAGCCAUCCUGGAUGGGGACGAGGCCAUCAGGAAAUGGCUGGACUUCGCUGAAGUGCCCACCCAAGAAGCAGUUAAACUCAUCCAGCCCUCGGAGAACAUCGUUUUCCACCCAGUGUCCACCUUUGUCAACAGCGUCCGUAACAACACGCCCGAGUGUGUGUCACCCAUCGAGCUGGGAGCCAAGAAGGAGGUCAAAGCCUCCCCAAGCAGCAAAGCAAUGCUGGGCUGGUUAAAAAACUCCCAGGAAGGUUCUCCCCAGAAGAAAGAAAAUGAUUUGCCCAGGUGGAAAAGUCAGUUCAUCCACAGCCCUUCACCCAAGAAAACCAGCGCAGAUAUCCUGCAGCAGUGGCUGGGGAAGGAGGGAGAGCCGGCUGCGAAGAAGCGCAAGGCUUCGGCACCAUCCUAG